CUCUCCGGGGCGCACUUGCGCGUGGCCCCGCGGGCCGGGACCGGGACCGGGACCGGGACCGGGACCGGGCCCCGCCGUCUGCAGGGACUUCCGCGCCCGAGCGGGGCUGCACGUGCGGCCUGGGCCUGGCCGCGCGGUUCAUGGAGGCGCGUCCUCGGGAGGACCGAACAGGGAGUUCUUCGGCCUUUCAUCAUGGGUAUUCGAGGACUGAUGAGUUUUGUGGAAGAUCAUAGUAAUGAGUUCUUCACCGAUUUGAAGUUGCGAGACACAAAAAUGAUCAUCGACGGCUAUGCCCUUUUCCACCGGCUGUGCUUUAAUUCGAACUUAGAGCUCCGGUAUGGAGGGGACUAUGACGCUUUUGCAGAUGUUGUGCAGAAAUUCUUUGAAUCACUGUGUGCUUGUAAUAUAUGCCCAUAUGUUGUGUUAGAUGGAGGAUGUGACAUUUCAGACAAAAAGCUUACAACUUUGAAGGACAGAGCUAGAGAAAAGAUCCAGACGGCCCAUUCCCUUUCUGUUGGUGGGAAUGGGUGUGUGUGUCCCUUACUAAUCCGGGAGGUAUUCAUACAGGUUUUGAUCAAGCUGCAGGUUCGUUUUGUCCAGUGCUUUUCAGAAGCAGACCGGGACAUUAUGACACUUGCUAAUCAUUGGAAUUGCCCUGUGUUAUCGUCGGAUAGUGACUUCUGUAUUUUUGACCUGAAAACUGGGUUCUGCCCAUUGAAUAGCUUCCAGUGGAGAAAUAUGAGCACUCUUGAGGGCACACAGGACUACUAUAUCCCUGCCAAGUGCUUUUCUCUGGAUGCACUCUGCCGUCACUUCAGCAAUAUGAGUAAAGCUCUCCUGCCGCUCUUCGCGGUGCUCUGUGGAAAUGACCAUGUUAACCUCCCCGUCAUAGACAUGUUCUUGAGUAAAGCUCGGCUUCCUUUUGGAGCUACCAGUUCUAAGGGGAGGAGACACCACCGAGUUCUGGGGCUUCUGAAUUGGUUGUCUCAUUUUGCUGACCCCACUGAAGCACUAAGUAACGUUCUGAAAUACCUUCCAAAAAAAGAUCGAGAAAAUGUUAGGGAGCUGCUCUGCUGCUCCAUGGAAGAAUACCAGCAGUCCCCGGUGAAGCUGCAAGACUUCUUCCAGCGGGGGACCUAUGUUUGUCCAGAUGCCCGGAAUCUGGGUUUGCCAGAAUGGGUACUAGUGGCUUUAGCCAAAGGCCAGCUCUCUCCUUUCAUCAGUGAUGCUUUGGUGCUAAGACGGACCAUCCUUCACACGCAGGUGGAAAACAUGCAACAGCCGAAUGCCCACAGAGUAUCCCAGCCCAUCCGGCAGAUCAUCUAUGGGCUGCUUAGGAGUGCGUCCCCACAUCUGCAGAAUACGUCCCGGAACGCACUGCCUUUUCAGCCCCUUGCUUUCAGUGAAGUGGAAAGGGUUAAUAAAAAUAUCAGAACCUCGACGGUUAAUGCAGUAGAGCUACCCAAGGACCAUUCUGACUUGAGCAGACUGACCGAGCCAGCCUAUGUCAUAGUAGCUGGAUCCUACAUGGUGGACUGCACAGUUCAAACACCAGACAUGGCAACUUGAGAAACAUACUGGAUGCAUGUGCAUGCAUGCUCAAAGUCCUGGAAGGAGAAAGAGGCAGAGAACGGAUUCCAGCACAACCGUUCUCCAUGACGAAUGCUUUCUUACUUUUCCCCUCUCUGUCUCUGGCCAGUACGUACACCUUCUGGUAAAAGUUAAAACAAACAAACAAAAAACAAAACCUAUUUUGUCAAUUAUGUUUUAUUUCUGAAUAGCAUCUCUAUUUUCAGCUCUCAGUCAAUUACUACUAAUUAGGUGUAAGUGCUGGGAAUCGUACUAGGCCACCUCAUCCUUCCAGAGAGAAGUUAUAUUCAGGCUGCUCGGACAUGGGAAAUACAACUUUCCCCCCCUGCUAAAAUUUGAUUAUGAAUUCCCCUGAAGUGUAUUUUUGUUUGUUUGGAUUUUUGCCAGAGGAUGCGUGCACUUUCCAGAAAGAGGUGGGAGAG